AUACAUUAUUGGAUCUACUCUAAUUGAAUUUGGGAAUUUCAUUUUAAAACGUAAGACCGACACUUAGCUCUUUCCUAUGUAUGCGAAUCAUUGAAACUAAACAUGUUCCGCAGAUUCACUCUCUUCCUUCUGUUCUCUGCAACUGCAGCAACGCUUCUUCUUCCAACUACAUGUGAUGUGAACUUCAGCACUUCGUCUAUGCUUCUGGGUCAAAACCACUCAAAAAUCGUAAACAAAGUCGGUGAUCUUUUCAUGGCAUGUGUCGGUAGAAAAAAAUUUCUUUUAAAAUUGUAUACAGAUUGCAGCAGACCCCACAGGAGUCUGGCAGAAACUAGUGUUAUUAACCGGAGUGUUGCUACUCACCAGAAUUGCAACGGUAGUCGAGCUUGUAUUAUCAACGCAACAUCGCAGGGUUUCAUAUCGCCCGUGUCGACACCAGAUUUAAAGUCACCGCCACCACGGUCACCGCUGCAAUCAUCACCACCAUAUACACGACGAUCACGAUCAAUUUCUUUACCACCAGGAUCGGCACCAGCACCAGCGCCUGAAUUAAUGUUUUUUGGAGGAAGUGGAAAUUUUGGUGAUUCAGAUGGCACAUAUAGCUCACAUGACGACCAGGUCAAUUGGAUAAUUAUAAUUAUAAUUAUAAUUAUUGUAGGUGUUGUAAGUGUUGUAGUUGGAGGAUGUGUCUUCAUAUUUUGUUGUUUUAGACGCAAGUCUUCAACCCGACUGGUCAAAUUUAGUGUUGUAAUUGGAGGAUGUGUCUCCAUAUUUCGUUGUUUUAGACAGUAUUCAACCCGACUGGUCAAAUUUAGUGUUGUAAUUGGAGUGUGUGUCUCCAUAUUUCGUUGUUUUAGACAGUAUUCAAUCCGACUGGUCAAAUUUCGUUUUACCAGAAACAAUGAUUCAAAUAUUGAAGCAUUCUUAAGAAAUCAAGGAGCCAUAGCACAGAAAAGAUACAAAUUUUCAGAAGUGAAGAAAAUGACCAAUUCAUUCAAAGUUAAACUUGGUCAAGGUGGUUUUGGUACAGUAUACGAAGGAAAACUACAAACGGGUAGCCCUGUGGCCGUAAAGUUACUGAAAGCAUCCAAAAGAAAUGGUGAAGAGUUCAUCAAUGAGGUUGCCAGCAUCAGUAGAACAUCUCAUGUUAAUAUUGUCACACUUGUUGGAUUUUGUUUGGAAGGCUCCAAAAAGGCUCUCAUCUAUGAGUUUAUGGCUAAUGGUUCUUUGGAUAAGUUCAUCUACAACAGAGGGCCAGAAAAUAUUGUAUCUUUGACCUGGGAGAAUUUAUAUCAAAUUGCCAUUGGAAUAGCUAGAGGGUUGGAGUACUUGCACAGAGGCUGCAACACUAAAAUUUUACAUUUUGAUAUAAAGCCACAUAAUAUUCUUUUGGACGAGAAUUUUUGUCCUAAAAUAUCAGAUUUUGGACUAGCAAAGCUCUGUCCCAGGAAUGAAAGCAUUAUUUCUAUGUCUGAUAAAAGAGGAACAAUGGGGUAUUAUGCUCCUGAAAUGGUCAAUAGACAUUUUGGUGGGGUUUCACAAAAGUCUGAUGUGUACAGUUAUGGAAUGAUGCUACUGGAAAUGGUAGGAGGAAGGAAGAACAUUAAUCCUGAAGCUAGUCAUACGAGUGAGAUAUACUUCCCCCAUUUUGCAUACAGAAGACUUGAUGUGGAUAUUGAUGUUGAUAAUGAUGUGAGACCAUAUGAAGUGAUGAAUGCAGAAGAAGGUGAGAUUGCAAAGAGAAUGACUGUAGUUGGCUUAUGGUGCAUUCAAUCACUUCCAAGUGAUAGACCUACAAUGAGCAGAGUGGUAGAAAUGUUGGAAGGUAACAUGAAUUCUUUGGAAAUGCCUCCAAAGCCUUUGUUUUCUUCUCCUUCUAGAUCAGAAACAUAAUCUUCCUCCUGAAAUUGGUAUUAUUUCAUUUUGGUAAAAUCUUUCUAGUUAUAAUGUAAAAGGAGGAUCGCUCAACUCAUUUGUUUAGUACUAUUCUGGAAAGCAAAUGCAUCUCAUGUGUUUGUUAAAUUGCCACUACAUGAUUGCUGAAGCUAGACCAAAUAUUGUUGAUGAUAACUUUCUUUUAACAAGCUAAAUUGAAGUGGAUAACUGAUAAGGCUCUAACACAAUAACAACUUGACAAAGAUAUAGCUGAAAAGUGAGAACCACAGAAGCUAGUGAAACUAAAGAUGGCUCCAAAGUUGUAAUGGGAUUUAUGGGGAGAAGGAGGACAAUACUAGGCAACUACCAAGAAUUAUUUCAACUUCUCUUUUCAUCAGAUGAAUUAUAUUUAGUCUUUAUCCAUUUA